CUCUCUGUCUAUAAAAAGAUGAAUACAACAAUGCUCUGCUUGCGCAAAGUUUUCACACAUUCUCCUCUGAGGCUGAUCACUUUUCAGGACACAUUUCAGGCUGCUCAGUGUAGGAUGUGCAUGUUUGCUUUGGGUGAAAGUGUGUCUGGAAGCUGCUGACUGGGUCAACAGAGGCUGAACACUGAGGAGACAUGGAAGCUGUGGUUGGACUGUUGCUGAUGCUACUCGGAGUCUCUCAUGGUGUGGAAACCUACUGUGAUGGCAGACAGGAUGGAGCUCAGUGUUAUGGAGCUUUGGGAGGAACUGUGCUCCUCCAGCUGAUGGACAGCGCCUCAAAGAUAUUUAGAUACCAAUUGUUUAAAAACACAACAAUAAUACUGCAUUUGAGAAAUAACAUGUUUCUGUCUAAUCUGAUAGAAAACAGAUCCUCAUUUACUCCCAGUAAUGGAACAUUUGGGAUCAACAACCUGAUCAGGACUGAUGGUGGUGAAUAUACUCUUGACAUUUUUGAUUCAAAUGGACAGAAAUCAGAGCCGCGGACUCUACAGUUAACCAUUCAAGCUCCUGUGUCCUCUGUCCUGCUGGUCUCUGAGUGUCUGUCCAAGGGAGAGAUGAGGGUGUCCUGCUCCUCUGAGGGAGGGGACAGUCCUCAGUACAGCUGGACUCUGGAUGGACACACACUGACAGACGCUCAGCUCCUCUCUGGAAAUAAUGAGACUAACAGCAUCACUCUGAAACAAGACGUCUCAGGACAGCUGGUCUGUUCAGUCAGGAAUCACAUCAGUAGGGUCUCGAAAGAAGAGCAGAUAUCUACCUGUGGCUUCAUAUUCAAUAACUGCACCUUAUCCAAUGGAACACACAUAUCACAGUGGGUUAAAGCCAAUAACAGCCUGUGUAUUGACCCAACAAAAGCCCCUACCACAAGUACUACUGAGGGUAAGGAGAGUGACAUCACAGUGUCAAUUAAACCCUCCACUCACAUCACACCCUCCAAUCAAACUGGGAUGCUCCCCAGCCCACCAUGGUAUAUUAGCAAUUUGCCAACAAUCGCCGGCAUACUCUCUGCAAUGGUAAUUCUCUUGGUGGUCGGGGUGGCAGUCGUCUGUGCUCAUACGAAAAAGCAAAACAACAAACCUAAAGAAGAAGAAGAUGAACAGGAAUUAACCUAUGCUAAUGUCAGGAUCAUGCAGCGGCAGGGGAGGCAGAUGCAGCAGAGGGAAGACAUGGAGGUGGAGUACGACCAAGUCAACUUUUCACAGCAACCUCGGCAGACUGUUGAACCAAUAGGAGAUGAAUGUGUGUACGCCAAGGUCCGCACAGACAGGUGAUUCAGUUUUUUUAGGAGGAGGUGUUUGCCAAGAUGCCUAAAGGUCUUUCACCUUAAUUUAAUGCAAUUUCCAAAUGGAAAAAUAUAAACCAUCAGCGCUCAUAGAUGUUAUUAUUUUUCUUCAGCUUUACUAUACUUCUGGGUUUUGACUGGACAUCAAUGUAUCAGCUCCAGCAUUUGACCCACAGUGUGGCUAGUUUUGAUAGACUCGUUUUUGUAGACUAUUUAAUAUUUUUUUAACAAAAUGUAUUUUACCACAAUUUUCACCCUCUAUCUUUAUCUUUAGAUCAUGUUGUACUUCCUUGUACUUGUGUCUAAUUUAUGAGCACAUUUACUUUUAUUUCAAUGUUAAAACACUGUUAACUUUCAAUAAUGAAUUUUAAGAAUAAAAAUGUCUUUACAAUGCAUUACUCUACAGUGAUUGGCAGACAUGAACAGUAUACUCUAAAGUGCUCAGAACAAGUGGCAUCAGUACGUUUAUGUUGGUCGAUCAUCUGUGUUUACAUGUCAUCUAAAACGCCUACUUCUAACUUUAUGUCAAAGUAAUAAAGUUUGCAUUUACUUCA